AUGGAAUCAGCCAACGCUUCGAAUAGUACGAUAGGUUCCUCGCAUGGACUUUACCAGUCGCUGCAAUGGCAGGGAAUAUCACGCAUCAUCACAUGGCUCAUCCUACCCCUCUUGAGCGUCAUCUUGCUCCGUCGCAUUCUCCGGCGGCGAGAAAAUGAGCCUCCGAGCCUGCCUGGCCUCAUUCCGUACGUCUCAAACACGUAUCAAUACAUCACCGACAACGGCCACUUCCUCGAGAGGGCUAGCGAAGCGCUGAAGAGGAGCAGCAUUGUUAAGUUCAACCUUGGCGCCGAUACUGUAUACCUGGUUGCCGGCUCUCACAAUGUCCAGAAGCUCUUUCGAAACAGCGCCACCAACAGCCUCAGCUCCGACAAAUUCGUCCUCAUGGUCAAUGACCGAGUUCAAGACAUGACAAAAGAAGACGUCGCAAAGCUGCAGAAUGAUCGAUCGGGCCGCCUGAGGAUUCCGGCACCGGGAACGGAGGCUGUGCCCGAGCAUGAGAGGUACUGGGUCGGGCUGCAUCACCUCUUCCACCAGCAUCUGUUCCAAGCAGAGGCGACGGCUCGUCUGGCCAAGUCGUUCAUCACUUUCUUCGGAGAGAAACUCGACCAGCAGCCGCUCGGGGCGUGGGAAACGGUGCAAGUGUUCAAGUACCUCAAGAAAGACAUGGCUGAAGCUGCCACGGUCUCUCUUGCGGGAUGCAAGCUCAUAGAGGACCAUCCGGAAUUUGUGGAUACCCUCUGGGAGUUCGAUACCAUUGCGAUGCAGCUCAUGUACGGCUUGCCGUCGUGGUAUAACCCAAGGCCGAAGCAGAUUCAGCAAAAGGCGCUGGCGAUGAUGAAGGAGUUCCUCACAAACGCCUGGUCGAAGUUCGACUGGAAUGGCCCAGACGCCGACGCCGACUGGGAGCCAAUCUUUGGCUCGAGGCUUCAACGCGAGCACACAAAGUACUGGAAGGAGAAGGGGUUCUCGAUGCAGUCGCGGGCCGGCAUGUACAUUGGAAGCAUCUCGGGGAUCAACUCGAACUCCGUCCCACAAACUGCAUGGGCGGUCAUGGAGGUCGUCAAGGAUGCAGCGCUUCUUAAAAGAGUUAGAGAAGAGUUACAGGAAGCACUUGUCAAGGAUCUCGACAACGGCAGGCCCACGUUCGACGUGCCAAAGCUUGUGACUCUGCCGCUGCUACAGUCGAUUUACGCCGAAACGUUGCGAAUGCAUGUCUCCAUCAACAUCACACGCGAAGUGCUGGAGCCUAUGGAGCUCGAUGGGUAUCUUUUGAGAAAGGGGUCUCUGGUGCAGGCGCCGACACAGAUCGGGCAUCUCGAUGAAGCUGUCUGGGGUGUCGAGGGCCAUCCUGCGUCCGAGUUCUGGGCAGAGCGUCACGUCAGAUACGUCGAGAAAGAAGACGAGACGGGCCAGGUGCGCCAAGUGGGAGAGUUCACCAUGGCCGGACGGCCCAGCGAUUUCUUUCCAUACGGAGGUGGUGUUUCCAUGUGUCCAGGGCGAAACUUUGCCAAGCAGGAGAUCAUGUUGGCUGUCGCCAUGAUUGUGUCACGGUUCGAUAUCGAGUUUGAGGACUGGGUUCAGCCUGAUGGCUCGCACUCAGACCGUCCACCGAUGAAUGAUAAGGCCUAUGUCGGGGCUGGAGCGGUCCCCCCAGACCGAGACGCAAGAUUGAGAUGGAGGAGACUCUGGUGA